AUGAUGCACUGAACGCUUUGACCAUGCCCAUGGUCAACAAUGACAUGUGCUCACAAAUUAAAGGAGAUGCUGGGGAAAGCAGAAUAUGUGCUGGUGGCAAGAGAGGAGAAGGCGUAUGUGAUAAAGACAAUGGCGGCCCAUUGGUUUGCCAGGAACAUGAGCGCAAAGUCAUCAUUGGCGUGAGCAUCCAAAGGACAAAAUGCGCCUCAUCACAGCCUGCACUUUUUGUCAACGUUGCUUUCUACUCUGAGUGGAUAUACAAAGUGUUCAAACUUUACCCCAGUUUGGAAAGAAACUGAUUGUGUGGUGUGAAAAUCAACCCCAUUUAUGACUGUACCACA